AAGGAGGUUCUGAAACAACAACUGGAAGAAGUUCGAUCAGCUUCUUUGGAUCUGGAGAAUCAAUUGAGAGAAACUCAAGACGAUUUGAAGAGGCUUCGAACUCUCAAUGAAGAAUGGCAAGAAAUUGCCAUGCAGAAGUGUGAUUUGAUUCAUGCCAUAUUUACUGAAAUAAGGUCAUCUUUCAAAGAAUAAGGUGGAGACGAACCGAAUGUUCCAGUGGGUAAAGUAACUAAUAAUCAUAUACAUCUCGGCCGUGGAGUUUGGAUAACAAAUGAUGUAUACUCCCUAGCAUGUUAUGAGGUAAACAUGAAAACUAAAAAUACAUUCGUACGGAAAAUGUUGGUAGCUUUGUUCGGCUACGAUUUGGCAAAGAGCACUGUUACUGGACGUCCAAGUAACAGAAAUAAAGGCAAACAGGCCCCGGUGAAGCAUUUGGAACCGAAGAAGGUUCGAGCUAUUAAAGAUAUUUAUAAAUAUUUCCUUAUCAAGGUACUAGGAAUAGAUCCACAUGAAGCUGAAAUGGAGGCGGACAAAACGAAUCUUUUGAUUUCCAAAAAAGUUGCCCAAAUAAAACGGCAACAUGAGAAGCCGGUCAAAGACGGUAGAAUAGUUUUGGGGAACGUGAAAGUAGAUGUGGACACUACUGAACAUCUUCAAGAAAUUGACAAUGAAUUUAAUAACGAAUUAGAUAACGUAGUCAUGGAAGAAAUUCAGGUUGAACAGCUGGAUGAACUGGGGAUGGAAAAGGGGAAUCCACUGCAAGAGCCACUUGAGAUACAAGACGUCAUGCAUACAUCUUACGAAAACGUGGUGUUUCAACCUGAAGGCGAUUUUGAUGGCCAGGACACAAGUUCUCAUUCCGAACACGAAGUUGCUGGAGCUCUCAAGGCAGCUCCUGACACUCUAAAUGCCCCAGGUCCUUCUGAAGCGACGCACAUUUUUCCGCCUACAUUGGGUAAUGUGCAGGAUACCUCAAAGGAUUAUAAUACUAUCCUUAAAGACGUAAUGAACGGAUCAAUGGCCAGCGACAACUACAUUGACACCGACUCUGAAUUAGAUUAGAGAGCACGGUACCCAAUGGGCACAACAUUUUUCGACGUCUUUACGACAUCGCAACGACAUCUUUACGACAACAUUAUGACAUGAUAUGUCCAUGUCGUUAGGAUGUCUUUACGAUAUCGUGAAGACAUCGUUUAAUUCGUUCAACGAUAUCACUUUCUAAUUGGAUAAAUAUCGAAAUUCUUGUAAAGAAAUUAUUUACAAUAUGAAAGAUGAUUAUUUAAAUUAAUAAUGUUCGCUGCGUUAAAAAAAAACUUUAUGUAUUUUAUGACAAGAUAUAUCUUGGUUACGAUCUUUUAUCAUACGUUAUUAUAUAUUUUAGUUGAUCUCGAUCAGACUGAUCUAUCUUUAAAACAGUUUAAGAAUUGAAAUAAUAUUAUUUAAAUAUGAUCACAUGAGAAAUUCCAUGUCAAAUCAUAUGAAAAAUUACAUCUAUCGUUAGUAAUUUUGAUAAAAAUUCUAGUUCAAGUUGCCUUAGCUGUUAAAAAAACGUGAUAUAAUUUUUGAACAUUCAAAAAACGUAGGAGAUAUUCAAAAUUGUGAAUUUUGGUCCUUUUUCUUUUGAAUUUUUAUAACUUUGGUGAUUUUAAUGAUAUCAACAUGUAUAUAUUUCUCAAUCAUUCAUAAUAAGAUGCAAUUUGAAAUACUUUUUUUAUUUUUGAAAAGAUAUUUUUAAACUUAAUUUAAGAAAAUAUACAUUUUUGAAUUAAUUGAAAUAUUUUAUUGAUUGCUUGUAAUGUACUCUAAAAGCUUUGUAAAUAUAAAUUUGGGAUGUCUAUUCGUUUUCAAGAAAUAAUUUAGAAAAAAGGUACGUAUGUGGAAAAAAAGAAAAUUUAAUAAUAGACGAACAUUGUAAAAUUUUGAAAAAACUUCAGCGUUAAGAUUAUCAGGCUCUGGGCACAUCAUGCCACGGCCUAAGUUCCUAAUUAUUUCUCGAAAAUUAAGAGAUUCGAUUGUUAUAUUUACAGUAUUUUCAGAGGAGACAUUCUAAGAUAUCUAUACAAAAAUUGGAGAAAGUAAAAGAUGAAUUUUUUCAAAAAUAUUUUCAGAGGAGACAUUCUAAGAUAUCUAUACAAAAAUUGGAGAAAGUAAAAGAUGAAUUUUUUCAAAAAAUCAGUUUAAGAAAUUGCUUUUAAUAAAUCCACAAUACUUGAAAGAAAAGAUUUUUUCAACAAAUAUUUAUUGAGAAUUGCGUUUUCUUGGAAAUAAUUUGUUUUUU